GAACAUGAGCAACGUUUCACAGGCUGAGAUUGAUAGUAUGCCACCCUGGUCUACUCCUGCGAUUAAUGUUGACUUUAGCUUAAAGCAGUUUCCUAAGGAAUCCACGCCAGACUAUGUCUAUAGACAGCACUUUGCAGAAAUUCAACACAAUGACAGGAAUUUAAUUCCCAUUUACACUGAUGGUUCUAAAUCGGAUGAUUAUGUUGGCUCAGCCUUUGUCUGCCAGGAUGAAAUCGUGGCAGAGCAAAUUACAUCGAAUUCAUCUAUUUUUACUGCAGAGCUGCAUGCUAUCCACUUAGCCUUAAACUAUGUAAUCAGAAAAGGUCAUCGUCGAUGCGUGAUUUACACUGACUCAGUUAGUGCACUCCAGGCUUUGAUCUCGUGUGAACCUAGUUCUCACUCUAUAGUGAUUAAAAUUCGCAAAUUGUUUUGCCAUCUUCUCGUAAGGAAUUUCUCUAUAAAAUUUUGUUGGGUCCCAGGCCAUGUUGGUAUAAGAAGAAAUGAAGAAGCAGAUGCAGCUGCAAAAUCAGCUAGUCCUUCACAGCAUACAAUGCGUAUUGAAGGAGGUGAUUUCAAGCUAGUUAUUAAAAAACGACUAGCAGAGAGAUGGCAAAAUGUGUGGAACGCACAAGUCCACAAUAAACUGAAUGAGAUCAGACCUACGAUAGAAAAUUGGACACCCAAGAAAUUUUAUAACAGGAGAUCUGAAGUUAUUAUUACUCGUUUGAGAAUUGGACAUACUCGGUUGACUCAUCAAUACCUUUUGAAGGGUGACGAGCAGCCAGUAUGCCAGUAUUGCAACUGUCCUCUUACUGUAAAACACAUACUGCUCGAUUGCUCUGUUUUUGAGACCAGGCGUAGGCAGCAUUUUGGAAAUGCAAAUUUUAAACAGAUUCUGGGUCAGAGGCCCAAUUUUUAUGAUAUAUUAGACUUUUUAAAAGUCAAUAAUUUGUGUAAAGAAAUUUAAUUAUUUAUUUAUUUAUUU